GCUCCAGAGCGGCCGCUCGUCGCGCGCUCCCGAUACCAGUCCGCGUAAACCAUACCAACACGUAACAUACGAACAUCGAUGUUGGAAUUUCUAAAUAUUGUUUUAAAGUUUUUUGACUAAGUUGAGAGUUUUCGCAAUGUAUGUACCGAGGAUUACUUCGAUAAGUGCAUAGCGGCGCACUAUAUCGCGUUGAGGAUGACGCGAGCAUCAACGUCGCCGCCCCUGCGACUGCUGGAGCGGUUCGCAAAUAGUACGCCAGCCCCGACCACUACAACCACCAGCACCAAUGUCGCCCCCUCCGUGCCGAAGCCCAGCGCCAACAACAAGAGGCCCACGCCCAUCAUUAUUUAUCCCACAGUGACACCGGAAUCGAUAGUAGUGCCGAUUGUAUCGUGUAUAUUCGGCUUUCCAUUGUUAGCGCUCACCGUUAUCUGCUGCUUGAGGAGAAGGGCCAAAAUGGCAAGAGAGCGAGCGAGGCGGCGAAAUUGUGAAUUGGAUCGUGGGGAACUGUCAGUGGUAAAGAUGUCUCCGGUGAAGACGAAGCCGCGACCUGUCAGCCUGAUACGUUCGCCAAGACCUCCGCCAACUCUCGAACUUGACACCGUGCUUGAGGAACGAUCCGACCCUGAACAGACUACACUCUCACAGGUGGAGGUGACGCCAGAUCGUGAAGUGGGCACGAUACUGUUUGGUGCUGUGGGUGCUAUGGGUACGGCAGCGGCAGCGGCGAUGUGCAAUCGGGACAGCUAGCGGCGGGGCUCGGUGCAGCCCGGCGCGCGCUCGCCGCUCUGGGCAGCACUCACGAGCCAACCCCUUGACGAAGACGACGCUGACGAUGACGAAACUGCUGGCGAGGAUAGCUAGCAAUUGGACGAGCGCUCCAUUGUCGACAUUGGCGAGCGCAUGAAAUUAUUCCUAGACAUCCCACUUAGAUUCUGAACUAUUGUAAAAAUGUGUCAAUCAUCACGUAAAUCACAUUGUCUGAUUACUACAUCUGUAUUUUAGUACCUACAUUAGCAAAAGGAAAUCCAACCUUGUAAUCAAUUACAUCGGCCAUGUUUGUGAAUAAAUAUUGAGUUUCAGUAUUCCGUGAAUCGAUUUCUCUUAGAAAACGUAUGAAGUGCGCACUUCAUUGUGUAGCUGAAGUGCCAAUGUACUGGUCACAUCUGCCCCAUAGAAAAUAACUGGACAUUGAAUGAGUUUCAGGUCGCGUACAAUAGAGCGUGAAAAACCGUAGCGGACUUUACUAAAAAUAGUGACACAGUAUUAAGAAAAAGGUUCAAUAGAAAUCUUAGACUUUGAAAGGCCUACGUAGGUUAUCUAGGUAUUAAUAACCACGAACUAAAUGACAAACGUUAAUCAUUCUCGCCAGACGGCUCUUUUGAGCAGAAUUUAACUUAAAAGUCAUGCUAAGAUUAAAUUAUUUACCAAGUCGUUCGGAUUAUUUUAAUUAUUUUAUGUCAUCAUUCUGUACUUAAAACUAAAAAGUUUAGUUAUUGCUUUUGUAAAAAGUGUUCUAGUCAGAACUCACAUUAUGUACUUAACUAUAGUGUAAUUUAGACCUAAUAGUUAGUUUAGUCAUGUAUAUAAUUUGAGCACUAAUUUUAAAAUAGCACGAAGUCUAGGCUUGUACUUGUGCAUAGCACAAUAUCAUGUAGGAUUAAAGUAAAUAUGAAUAUACAUACAUAAAAUUACGUAAUGAGACGAUGAAUUUAAAAUCGGAAAGAGUUAGAGUGUGCAUAUACAAUUGACUGUAUUUAAAAAAAGCGAAUUAGUUGAUUGAAAAGAGGCAGCUUAGGGCAGUUAGAAAAUAGAUGUUUUAAUAUUUAAUAUUAAGUAAAACUAUCAAAAUAACAUACCGAAGUUACAUAGGUAUUAUACACGAGACCAAUUGUGAAUUCUACCAACGUUCGUUAAAAUAAUAUAUGUAACAUAUUAGGUAAAUUAAACAUAGUACCUACAUAUAGUAUGCGAUUUACAUUUUUGUGUAAAAUAAUGAGAAAAACCGAAUUUUUUAUCCGUAGUAUUCAGCUUUGUAGCCUUUGUAAAUAUACCCGGUGUAAAAUUCAAUAAAGUAAUUCAAAUUACGAAGCCUUGUUUGGACUCGUGCAUUAACCGUCACACGUUAAAGGACUUUAUAUUCAGGUAAAUAAACACACUUUUUGUAUAGCAUUGUAAAAUUGAGCCGAAAGAAAAAAGGAGCUGUGAAUUUAUGGUAAAAUAAAAACUAAAACAUACUCAUUGCUCUCUUCUAUUUAUUUAUGCUCUUACGUAGAACAUCUGUGCCACUAACGGUACGGAAAAGCAAUAAAGGUAUUGAGUGUUGAAUAGAAAUAGAGAUAUAUACAUCGUAAUAAGAAAUAUGUAGUAAAACGGCAAGGAAAUAAUUUACUAACGAGAAAAUAUGACGACACUAAAAUUAUAUGAAAAUAUAUUACAACGCUAUCAUGCAAUGAAGCUCUUAUUGCUCAUAAUACGAUUUUAUAUGUAUUUAUCGAAUUGAUGUGACCAAUAUCUAUAAUAUUCAUUGCUAUUCUGUUGCUGUUAGUAUUUAAACUGGUUAAAUAAAUCCCGCAUUCAAAAUUAAAUUUUAUUUUAUGGUAUAAGCCGCUAAACGAGCAGACGGAUCACCUGAUG